UGUUAAGAUUACGCCGAAGACGUCGUGUGGAUAACAGCUGUUCGCUGUUUGUGACGCCCUGGAAGCGCACUACCACCCUGUUCUUUUUCUUUUCGACCGUAGAACCACAUGUCUGGUAACCGAGAUUUUGAUUUUCUUUUCGGCGGUAUAAUGCACCAGUUAAUUGACUAAUUGCGAUUAAUUGACAAGAUCCAAGUGCACGGCGACGACGGCAAUUGACAGUUUAUCGCGACCAACGACAAAUUGAGUGUGAAUCGCAUUUCGGGCAAAAAUAAUAUCGUAACGUUCUCCCCCGACCAGCGCGUGAGUGAGUGCGAGCGAGACGCAGCGGUAACGGCAGCGAGAGCGAGUGAGUGAGCGAGCGAGCCAGUGUGCGAAGUGUGUGUGCGCGAGGAAACCCGCAAAAGUAAAGCAACAAUAACAACACACGCACGCACACACACAAACGCGAGCGUGUAAGCAGCCCAAAGUGCGUAGUGUGUAAAAGCGAAAAGCAUAGAGAAAAGUGAGCGUACAAAAACACGGAGCGGAAUUUGUGUAUCAAAAAUCUGAUUGCCGAUUUGAAUUCAAUUCUCUGAUUUUCUGUUCGGAAGCCGUUCGAUCGCCCAUCGAUUAUACACGCAUCCCCGUUGACAAGGCCCGGAAGCAGCCAAGAGUUUUCCCGUCUCCCAAACAACGAGGAUCAGCCGCUGAAGAGAACCGGAGCAGGAGCAGCACAUCUGCUGCCUACUCUGGAGAAGAACCUGACAUCAAGACAGACGGAGUAGCUGAAGCAGCCACUGAGCUACAGAGGAGCAUGUCCAGCAAGGAGGAGACGCCCUCUACGGGUGGAGCCGCAGCAGCAGCUCCUGUGGCCGCCGCUACCGGCAGUGCCACCACCUCGUACGCCAAUGUGGUGCAGAAUUUGGACACCAAGAAGGCCGCCAAUACGCCAAGCACCACCGUCAACGCAUCGACCUCUGCUUCUGCCUCCGUGGAUAACAAAGAGAAUCAGCCAAAUCUAAAGAGCUUCAAGUCGUGGAGCGAGGAGGCCGCAGCCGCCGAGGCAGCCGGUGAAUCCAUAACCAGCAGCGUCAGCUUGGCCCUUGCAGGUGAAAAGCGUGCCGCCGCCUCUGGAGGAGAUAACACCGCUGAGAACUCUUCGGAACUGGACGAUAACAAUGACUUUGUGCCGGUACUAUCCCACCAUCGACGCGAUCGCAAAAAGGCGCGCAAGGAAAAGCCACGCGAACAGCCGCAGACCGGAGGCCGUGGCGAUGGUCAGAAAUCCCAUCAGGCUGGCAGACGUGCCCCUGGAUCCUCGGAUCCCGAUCGCAAGCAGACAGUAAGGCCUCGGGCUUCCCGUGGCGGAAGUCCUCGCAAAUUGGGACCUGGAGCUGGAGCUGGAUCGGUGGCCGGUGGAGCAGCUACAGCUGGAGCUGGAGCUGCUGCAACUGCUGCCGGUAAUGGCGGCCCGAAAGUACACAAGGAUCGCAAGGACACUUCGCCAAGUGCCAGCAUCGAGGGAGCAGGAAGCAGCGGCACUGAAACCAAGUCGGGUGAUGGAGAUCAGCCGGCCGGUGGUGAGAAGGGAGCUGCUGGAGCAGCUCCGCCACCCAAACGAUUCAUUGCCGCACCACCGCCCAAGGUCAACGCCUGGAAGAUAUCGGCUAAACAAUCCGGCAGCCCCAAGGCAGGAACCUCUCCAUUGGACAAACGUGUUUUGCAGCCCAAGGCACAGCAACAACAGCAAUCCAAGCAGACUGCCAGCAGCAACAACAACAACGCACAGAAUAAAAAGACACAACAGCAACCUCAACAGGGAGCAGCAGCAGCAGCAACAACAACAAACACACAGACAACGACAGGAGCAGCAAGCACAGCGGCACCAUCAACAUCAUCAGCAGCAGCAGCAGCAGCAACACCGACAACAUCGGCAGCAGCAGCAGCAACAGCAACAGCAACAACUGAAACAGCAACAACCACUGUUGAUGCGACUCAGGCAGAUGCGCUAGCUAAAGUUGUAAAGGACAAAAGGAAGGUCAACCAAAAGGCUAGCGACUUUAGCAACGUUGGUGACUGGCCCACGCUAAUCGGUGGAAUUUCUGGCAGUGGCAAAGCCCCCAGCAACGAACCCAAGCGAAACCCAACGAAAAAACAGCAGCCAGCCAAAGCAGCCGCAGCCAGCAGCAACACAAGCACUCCAAGUGAAGUUGCAGCCGAUCCUAACGCCACCGCAGCAACCACCAACAGCAGCAACACUACAACCACCAGCAGCAACAGCAACAGCAACAGCAAUAGCAAUAGCCAAGCAACAGCCACAGCCGCUCCUGUUGCCAGCACGAGUCAUGAUGCCAAAGCCCAGCGAGACGCUGAACCAGCAACCGAUGCUGCUCCAGCAGCUGCUGGCUCCACUGCCGGGCCUUCCCUCACCAAGAAGCUACCCAAGCACAAGUGGCGUCCGCUGCCCAUCGAUCUGGCCAAGUCCAGUCGCCCUAAACCGAUUGGCGGCCGGCCAAACCGCCGGCUCAGCGAUGAUGGCACCGACCAGCGCCGUCCGCCGCGCUCCUACCACGAACGUCAGUCAGCUGCAGGAGCAGCGGGAGCAGACUCGCGGCAGCCAAACGCUGGCCGCCAUCCGUACGUCCCACGCUCAGCGACUGCUGCGUCCGAGCGCGUGGAUUCCUGGCGUAGCAGCGGCAGCACCGCAGCCUUCGAUGAGCAGCGCUCUGGAUCAGCGGGUGGUGCCGGGUCAGCAGCGGGAACAGCGGCAGCCGCUGGAUCAGCAGCGCGCGGGCCGCGUCGCUUCCGGACGCCGUAUAGGGGCGGGCGGCAAGGCCGGGGCGGAUUCGCCCGACAGGGACCAGGUCGUCCGACUCAUCGCAUACCACGCCAUCUGCUAGCUUCGGGCGAGUAUGCCAACUAUUUGCCAGCGGACGCUGCUGGCGCCGACUCCUCGCAGUCGUCAUAUGUGCUCAUGGGCACCCACUACUUUGGCAAUGUGCCCGCCUACAUCGAAAUGGACGCCAAUGCCGUCAAGGAGGCCAUCAAGAAGCAAGUUGAAUACUAUUUCAGCUCCGAUAAUCUUACCGGCGACUUCUUUUUGCGCCGCAAAAUGGACCCCGAGGGCUAUAUCCCAGUGACCCUGAUUGCCUCGUUCCAUCGCGUUCUCGCCCUGACCACCGACGUGGCCUUGAUUGUGAACGCCAUUAAGGAAUCGGAUAAAUUGGAGCUCUUCGAGGGCUAUAAGGUGCGCACCAAGACGACACCGACCGUUUGGCCCAUCAGCGAUGUGCCAGACAUUCAGGAAGGGGACCCAAAGGCUCCACAGCUGGAGAAGGAGCAGUCGGAGAAGCUGGAGGAGGAUCAAGAGAAACUGGAGGAGCAGACUGAGGCUGGAUCUUCGCCGCCACCCAUUCUCACAUCGGCGAUGGCAACGAAGCCGCUGAGCAGCAUUCCGCCGCCGCCGGUGCCGCGCAAUUCCCAGAAUCUGAUGCCCAAGAUGCUGCAAGAGAAGCAGCAGCAGCCAAGAUCAACGUCGACCAUUGCCGCUCUCAAUUCGGUGAAUGCGAUUAGUGCUUUGACCCAACAUGUGGAGGGUGGUGCCGCCGAACUGGCUGGACACUUGAGUGGCCUGGCGGAGAGUGUGAAUCCCAAGUCGACACCGGAUAAUAAGAGGUCGGCCGCUGGCGGCGGCAAGGGAGCUGGGGCAGCAGUUGCUUUGGUGGCGGAGCCGGAGGGCAUGUGGAAAGAGGUAAAGAGACGCUCCAAAACAAAUGCUAUCAAAGAAAACGCUACUAAAUCAGCCAACAACAACACGUCAACACCACAACAACAACAGCCACCGCUUUCACAAACGCUCAACAACAACAACAAUAACAAUGAUAAUGUUAAAACGAACAACACCUCGUCCACGUCCAAAUCCUCGUCCACGUCCACGUCCAACGCCACAUCCAACGCCUCAUCAUCCGCCACUGUGUGUGUAACCACGAACAAUGCUUCCUCAGCCACCAAAGCAACCACCAAUGCCACAAAAACCACCAAAACAACCACUUCCACCGCCACCGCCACCGCCACCACCACAAACAACAACAUCAAAUCUGGCAAUGCUGCUUACUCCAAUACCCACUCCAAAUCCUCAUCCAAAACAGCUGCUGCGCCAUCCGCUCAGUGCCAUGCCGAAAAGGAAGAACUAGACUUCCAGUUUGACGAGGAGCUAAUGGACCCCCUACCCCCUGGAACCGGACGUAUCAACAAUUUCACCGAGAACUUUUCUGACGACGACGAAUCCGACUAUGAGUUUGCCGACCGUGACAUCAACAAGCUGCUGAUUGUUGCCCAAGUGGGCAGGGCACCCAAACACGAGGGCUACGAUCGCACCGCUGACUUUACAUCUCGCACCAAAAUCACCCAGGAUCUGGAGAACAUCAUCAACGAUGGGUUGGUUAACUACGAGGAGGAUCUGUGGACCACCACCAAUGUGGAGCCCGAUUACAAGACUGUCAAAGUGAUUUCCCAGGCUGACUUUGAGAAACUAGCUGGUGGGCGUGCUAAACCGGCGGUGCCACAACAAUUGGCACCCCCACCGCCGCCCUUCGAUGAGCAUGACCUAGAUGAAACCCUUGUGGGUGAUACUACCCUCAACUCUACGCUGAAUUCGACACUGAAGUCUCGACGUGCCCGCUUUUAUGCUGCUCCAAAUUCCCACUCGAUCGAUCCCCGCACCCCAAGGAAGAGGAAACUCCGUCACACCGCCAAUCCACCUGUGGAGGCUCAUGUCGGUUGGCUGCUCGAUACCGUGGAGCACCGUCCGCGCACCACAUCCAUGGGAUCUUCGGCGGGCACAUCGCCCACUACCUCGUCAUACGGAUCCUUUGGCUCAUCGGUGCCACAGUCGCUACCCAUAUUCCAGCAUCCGUCACAUGCGCUGCUCAAGGAGAACAACUUCACCCAGCAGGUCUACCACAAGUACCACUCCCGCUGCCUGAAGGAGCGCCGGCGCUUGGGCUUCGGACAAUCGCAGGAGAUGAAUACCUUGUACCGCUUCUGGUCGUUCUUCUUGCGCGAGAACUUUAACAAGAGCAUGUACAACGAGUUCCGUACACUGGCGCUGGAGGAUGCCGGCAAUGGGUUCCGCUAUGGUCUAGAGUGCCUUUUCCGUUUCUUUUCGUAUGGUCUGGAGAAGAAGUUCAGGCCGAAUGUCUAUCAGGAUUUCCAGGACGAGACUGUCGCCGAUUAUGAGACAGGUCAACUGUACGGCCUUGAGAAGUUCUGGGCCUUCCUGAAGUACUACAAGAACGGCGAGAAGUUGGAGGUGCAGCCCAAGCUGGCGGAGUAUUUGAAGAGCUUCAAGAAUAUCGAAGACUUCCGUGUGGUGGAACCGGAGAUCAAUGAGAUGUUGCAGGGAGUGGGCAGCCUUAAUCCUGGUCGCCAACUCAACAGACAUCGCAGUGUGUCCGAAAGCGAUGGCACGGCUGUGAUUACAGCCGGCGGUCGUCGCCUCAACACCACCAUCACCAACCGCAGCGACUAUGUGGGUAGGCUGCUGCAGCAGCAGCAGCAGCAGCAGCAACAACAGCAACAGCAGCAUCACCAGCAACACCAGCAUCAGCAGGGAUAUGGCGGUUACAAUCAGCAGAACCGACGACGCACUGGUUCCUUUGGCAGCAGCACCGUGCGCAUUCGCAGCGGUUCCCUGGGCAACAAGCCGCAGGUGGUGAAUCGCAAUCAGGGAUCGCAGCACGAGUUGCGACGCGGCGGCAGCAAUACUGGCCUGGCGCCACACAAACGACAGCAGCAGCAAAAGCCCAAGCCCGGCGUAGGAUCACAGACAAACGCUGGUCGUGCCAGCACAUCAGCAGCUGCGACAGCGGCAACCACAUCCUCAGCGUCAGCAGCAGCAGCAACAUCUACAACAGCAGCAACAACACCGGCGGUCACGGUAUCGGGCUCAUCGUCGUCGCAGAAGUAAUUACACGACAAUGCAGAGAGACAGUUUUUUGAUGAUUAGGCUUAGGUUAAAAUUUACAACUUAGUUUUCAGGGGGCACUCGUAUUUGCAUUGCUCUCCAACACACUCUUUUUGUUUAUUCAUUCUUAUUAUUUUUAUUAUUUUGUAGUAUUCGAGUCAAGCGUAAUGUGGGAACAGUCGUGUUAGCUUUUAGCAUAAUUAAGUGAAAUUUUUGAAAUUUGUUUAUUGCAAUUUGCUUAGCGCGUUGGUUUAGUAGUUACGAUUCUUUCAAAUUGUUUGUUUGCUCGCAUACCCUCGACUAAAAACAACAAAAAGCUAAAAAAAUAAUGGUUGCUUACAAAAUGCUCAAUGUUUGUUGUUAGCACACACUUACACACACCCAAAAAACACACACACAGCGGGGUCUGUCUGCUUUGUACCAGUGCCAACCAGCCAUGAUCUUGAAAAGUUAACGAAACGAAAACGAUUACCCUUAUUUUUUGUUUUGUUUUUUGAUUAUUCCCCUUAAUUAAUAUUAUUAUUUUUAUUUUGUUGGUUUGCGAAACAAAAAUCAAAGGCAAAAGAUUUUCCUAAUUAGAGCAGCGUUGUUAGUUGACGUAAUGCCAUGAACUGUUGUACUAUAUACGAUUAAAGUUAAUAACCAUAACGAAUAACCCUAUGCAAAUACUACCUAACGAGAAAUCUGAAUAGAAAUCAAAACGAAAUUGAUACGCAACACAAAACCAAAUGAUCUUAAUGCAAAUACAUUUUGUAAAUUACAAAGAUGAUGCAUAUAUCUAUAUAUACGGAAAAUAUAUAUAGCGCAAUGGCACAGUGAGACCACACAUAUGCAUAUAUAGACAUAUAUAUAUAUAUAUAUAUAUAAAGGAAUAUGAUCACUAACUUUAUAUUAUUAUUGUUUAUUUUUUCUGUGUCAUCUGACCUAAGCGCAAAUGUAAAAUGUUGUAAGAGAGGCAACGAGAACGAGAACUUGUAGUCCUUAACCCAAUGGAGGCAUGCGGGGCUCAAGUGCCAGCGAAUUUUAGUUAUUUAAGCAUUUACCACAAGCAAGCAAGUCCAGCGCAGCCGCAAAAGGAUUAGGAAUAGGAAUAGCUUAGCCGUGCUCUAGCCCUUGCCCUUGCACUGCCCACUCCACCACCCCCCUUCCCAGUC